UAUAUCAAAGUUGUUGGAAGUCAGAGGGAGCAGUUGAAGACGAUUUCUUCUUCCCCAAAGUUUGGGAGAACAAUUUCUGCAAGAUUGACAACAACCUGGAAUCAAUAUAUAAAUCUUCUUCUUCUUCCUUCUUGGAGAGGGAGAAGAAGACGAGCGAGAUUGCUGUUAUUCAAUUCCUUCGCUAGGAUACGAUGAAGGGAGUAAACAGAACAAAGUUGAUACUUUUGCAGCCUUCGCCCAACCACAAGCAAGGUGGCAACUGCUCCGUCGCGUCCUUCUUCGUCUUCGCCUCCCGCCGCCGCCGCAGCCGCCUUUGGCUCGCCGCUCUCCUCUCCUUCACCUUCGCCUCCCUUCUCGCUCUCCUCAACACUUCCACCUCGAGACCUGCCGACGGCCUCCCUUCCUCUGUUUCUUAUUCCUCUGUUUCCCGGUCCGCCGGAGAAGCGGAGAAGCCGCUUCCUGCGGCCGUCUUCGAUGCGCUCGUCGACUACGCCGCGGGAUCCACUUCGACGGGAAUGAUGAACGAGGAGGAUCUGCGGGCGGUGGCCAGCGUACUGCGGCGGCGUGCGCCGUGCAACCUGCUGGUGUUCGGGAUCGGGCACGAGACGCCGCUCUGGCGCGCGCUCAACCACGGCGGCCGCACCGUGUUCGUUGACGAGAGCGAGUACUUGGUGGGGCAGGCGGAGGGGCGGAACCCGGGGAUGGAGGCCUACGACGUCGCCUUCACCACCACCGUCCGUGGGACGCCGGAGCUCCUGGCCGCGGCCCGCAGGCAGAGACGGGGGGAGUGCCGGCCGGUGCAGAACCUGCUCUACUCCGACUGCCGCCUGGCCGUCAACAACCUCCCCAACCAGCUCUACGGCGUGGCGUGGGGAGUGAUCCUCGUGGACGGGCCGCAGGGGCACGCCCCGGAGGCGCCGGGGCGGGCGUCCUCCAUCUUCACGGCUGCCGUGAUGGCAAGGUCGGCCCCCUGGCAGGUGGACGUGCUCGUGCACGACUACGACCGGGAGGUGGAGAGGGUGAGUAGCGGCGAGUUCCUCUGCCCGGAGAAUCUAGUUGGCGGCACUCCCCGCCUCGGACACUUCGUCAUCCGCGCUGGCACCCCCACUGACGGAUUCUGCCACAACAAGACCUCCAGAAUGUCAUGGCAGCCGCCGGCCGCCGGAACGAUUGCCGGCUCCUAGCUACUAUAUCAUUCGACUGCUAUCGACAAGGCCAACCAUUGCGAUAUGACUAAAGAAAUUGAAACACAUUUGAGCUGCCAGAAAAAUAGAGAAUAAUUAGAAGAAACAAAUUUAACAAAACUGCAUCUUUCUUAGCUACCGUUGUCCAUUGAUUAAUUAAUGAGAAUCAAUAAUGG